AUGUCCCAUUUUGUGCUGUUUCACUGGAUUAUGAUACAGAUCUUGAUAGCGCACACAGCAUCCGAAGCUGUUGUUACAGGAGUAAUAGGGCAACCUGUUCAGUUGCCUUGCUUCUACCAGGUGGCACGACAUAAGGACAUCUCCGAUAUGUGCUGGGGCAGAGGCCCCUGCCCAAAUUCAAAGUGCAAUAACAAAAUUUUGCACACCACUGGGAAUAGGGUGACAUUCAGAAAGUCUCAGAGAUACAGUCUCCGGGGCUAUAUUUCCUAUGGAGAUGUGUCUCUCACAAUUGGGAAAGUGAAGGCAGAAGAUGCAGGUACAUACUGCUGCCGCAUAGAGAUCCCGGGUUGGUUCAACGACAUCAAACAGAACAUGCAGCUGAAAGUGGUCAGAGCCCCUCCAGUGAUGACAACCACCAGGAGAAAGGCUCCCACUGCUGUCCUCCUGACAACCACCAUCCCCGAAGCAACAACUGCAACCACUGAUCAUCAAGCAACAGCAGAGACUGCUGUCCUCCUGACAACCACCGUCCCCCCAGCAACAACUGCAACCACCGAGUCUCCAGCAGUAAUUACACUGGAGACCAUUGCACCCCCAACGUUUGCUGUGACAGAAAAUGAUACUUUUCCAGCAAACAUGGUGGCAAUCAGUGCUCUCCCAGAUUUUCCAACUGGUUUCCAAGCAGCUGAUGUGAGGACUGAAGAUGACGACGUGUUCUGCUCAGCAGAGUCUGUCCCUCUUCCUGCAGUGACUACCGAAUUCCCAAGUACACAUCCGACUGCAGAGGGAACUAAAAGUGCUUACACUUCUCUCAUGGUGGAAGGUGUGCCAACUGCAGGGAUUUCAGCAAGUUCAGACAGCAAGGCUGAGAAACAUGAUGGUAAUGGAGAUAAGUUUCCCAGCUAUGCCAUUCUCAUUGCCUGUCUCAUAGUGGUGUCCAUUCUUUUCAUAUUGAUGCUCUCGUUGGUGUUUUGGAAGCGUAAACACACAAAGAAGUUUAUAAUAAAAAGCCAUGGACCAGCGGAAGACCUUGAAAAAGUUUUCAGUGGUGCUGAAGGAGAAAACAGCAUCUUUUCCCUGUGA